AUGGAACCCUUCACAGGCAAGCUAAAGGCCGCACCAAGCUUCACAGUUGUGUCCCGCAAAGUGGGCUUCGCUCGGGACUGGGAGUGGUCCUCCGAGCAUCUGGCCUUGGAGUUCCAGGGCGCUGACAGCCCGGCAGCUUGGGCAGCUCAAAGCCACGGCUGUGCAGUUCUUAACCACAGCGAAGAGGCCGAGCAAAGCGUCUUUGGCUCGGCGGAUGCCCUGUGCCAGCUGCUGUCCGAAUGCGGAGAGCAGCUUUGCAACGAAGCCCUGUCUCGGAGUCUGGGGAGAUAUAUCCCAGCAGGUGCAUUGUCUUCAGAGGGCGCAGUGCAGCUGCUUACGUGCCUGAACGCAUCAGCCUCGAAGUGCCGAUACAGAGCCGAGUGGCGCUACAAUAAAGGUCAUGCUCGCCUACGCGCCUUCAGGUUUCAGGUUCCGAUGGGCACGUUGCUGCAGCAGGCAGACAGGCUCGAAAAAGGAGGCCUGGCCUUGCUGCAGGAGAUCCGAGGAGCUUUGGACCUUGAUUCGUCUGGAGACGAGUUCGACAAAGACGCUGCCCGGGAGGUGUGGCGGGUGAAGCCUUCGGCAAAGCUGCUGUCCACCCUCGCGGGCUUGGACAACAACCUGCCCAAACUCCUGCUUCAAGAGCUGAUUCGGAACCCUUUUGCAGAAGUACCGCCCGCCACACCCGAGCUCCAGGCAGCUUUUGCCGACCUUACGGAGAUGAACUUCAACCUUCACGAUGCAGCUCAACUCCACCAGGUGGCAGCACUGGCAGAGCUGGCAACAGGGCUGGGUCAGCUGCACAUCUCCUGCGAGACGUGCAAAUUUUUGCACAAGGCACCAUUCCUGACGGAUUUGCAGGGCCUCUCCCGGCACAGCAAGCUUCGUGCACUGACGCUGGACAGCUUCCACCUCCCAAGGCUUCCUGCCAAGCUGUUCCACGGCUGCGGACAGCUGAACAAUUUAGAUUUGCGCAACAACGAGCUCCAAAGCCUGCCGGCAGAGGUGUUUCAUGGCCUCGAGCGGCUGCAAGCACUGCUUUUGUACGGCAACCAGCUCAAAAGCCUGCCGGCAGAGGUUUUUCAUGGCCUCCAACAGCUGAAAGAAUUGCAUUUGGACAGCAACCAGCUCCAAAGCCUGCCGGCAGAGGUGUUUCAUGGCCUCCAGAAGCUGCAAAAACUGGAUUUGAACGGCAACCAGCUCCAAAGCCUGCCGGCAGAGGUGUUUCAUGGCCUCCAGCAGCUGAAAGAAUUGCGUUUGACAGGCAACCAGCUGAAAAGCCUGCCGGCAGAGGUGUUUCAUGGCCUCGAGCAGCUGCAAGCACUGGAUUUGAACGUCAACCAGCUCCAAAGCCUGCCGGCAGAGGUGUUUCAUGGCCUCGAGCAGCUGCAAGAACUGGAUUUGUACGGCAACCAGCUCCAAAGCCUGCCGGCAAAGGUUUUUCAUGGCCUCCAGCAGCUGAAGAAAUUGCGUUUGGACAGCAACCAGCUCCAAAGCCUGCCGGCAGAGGUUUUUCAUGGCCUUCAGCAGCUAAAGGAGCUGUAUCUGGAGAACUGUGAUCAGCUCAGCAGGCUUCCGGCUAUUUGUGCACACGGCUACUCCCAGCGCUGA